GUCAAAGUGACAGAUAUGAUAACACCGACAACUGAACUAACUGAACCGAAAACAGUGAUAAGCAAAAUAUACGCGCUUAGUAAAUUCUAAAGUUCAGUUUUGAUUAAAUUCGUAGCAUGAUAAAUGAUAAUGUUGUGAUAACAAAUAAUACUAAUCUAUACCUACGCAGAGUUUAUUAGUUGUCUGAUACGCCGAACGAGUUGUAAACCAUAUCGCUAGCGCUGUCAAAAGUCGUCUAGCACAAGUUACUUUAAGAAAAUCGAUUCAAGUUUCGCCAAAGUUAAACAGAAGUAUGGUGACCGACGGGAAUACUAUAUUAGCCGAAAGUUUAAAGAAACAGGGUGUAGAAUAUGUAUUUGGUAUUGUGGGUAUACCCGUAAUAGAGACCGCAAUGGCAUUCCAAAUGGCGGGGCUCAAGUAUAUUGGAAUGCGCAAUGAACAGGCUGCUGCUUACGCUGCACAGGCUAUUGGAUAUCUAACAGGAAAGCCAGGAGUAUGUCUGGCAGUAUCCGGUCCAGGAUUGUUGCACUGUGUUGGUGGCAUGGCUAAUGCACAGGUGAAUGCGUGGCCGUUGCUGGUCAUUGCUGGCUCCUGUGCUGAGGACCAUGAAGGCAUUGGAGGGUUCCAGGAGUGGCCACAGGUGGACUCGUCGCGCCUGUACUGCAAGUACGUAGCGCGGCCGCCGUCGGCGCGGCUGAUCCCGCUGCACGUGGAGAAGGCCGUGCGCCUCGCGUGCGCCGGCCGGCCCGGCGCCACCUACCUCGACAUGCCCGGCACGCUGCUGCUGAGUGAAGUCGAAGAAGAAAAAGUGCCCGAACUCUACAACGCAGAAACCGUCAAGCUAGCCCACCCCGACCCAGCGUUAGUAGCUCGCGCGGCCGAGCUACUGGCCACAGCGGAGCGGCCUCUAGUCAUCGUAGGCAAGGGGGCUGCCUACGCCCGAGCCGAGAACGCGCUGCGGAAACUUAUUGCCGACACUGGGCUACCCUUCCUGCCUACUCCCAUGGGUAAAGGCGUAGUGCCAGACACUUCCGCGCAAUGCGUGUCCACCGCUCGCACACAAGCGCUUCUUAAAGCUGACGUCAUACUGCUGCUCGGCGCGCGGCUCAACUGGAUGCUGCACUUCGGCCAGACGCCGCGGUUCGACCCCAAAGUCAAGAUCAUCCAGGUGGACAUUAGCCCUGAAGAGUUCCACAACAGCGUCAAAUCAGAAGUAGCAGUGCACUCUGACAUCCAGCCGUUCGUUGAAGCGCUGUCGACUAAACUGGACGAGAAGAAGUUCUCGCUGUCUCCCUCGCACGCCUGGUGGCAGGCUCUUGCUCAGAAGCAAAAGGCCAACACUGAGUUCGUCGCGGCUCAAGCCAACGACGUGUCAACUCCACUGAACUACUUCGCGGUAUUCAAGGCAAUACAAGAAGCCAUUCCCAAGGACUCCAUCAUCGUGAGCGAGGGCGCCAACACGAUGGACAUCGGGCGCGGCCUGCUGCUCAACGACUUGCCGCGGCAUCGCCUCGACGCCGGCACCUUCGGCACCAUGGGGGUGGGCCCCGGGUUCGCGGUGGCGGCGGCGCAGUGGUGCCGCGACCGCGCGCCCGCCACGCGCGUCGUGUGCGUCGAGGGCGACUCCGCCUUCGGCUUCUCGGGAAUGGAAAUCGAGACGAUGUUCCGCUACAAGCUGCCCGUGAUCAUCAUCAUCGUGAACAACAACGGCAUCUACAGCGGCUUCGACAAAGAGGUCAUGGCCGACAUCCAGUCCGGCGGCGACCCCGCGCAGUGCACGCCGCCCACCGCGCUGAGCGUGCAAGUCCGCUACGAGAAGAUGAUGGAGAUGUUCGGAGAGACAGGCCACCUGUGCCGCUCCGUGGCCGACGUCCAGCAGGCCAUCCGCGCCGCCGUGGCCGUCACCGACCGCCCCAGCAUCAUCAACAUCCUCAUCAACCCCGCCAGCAGCAGGAAGCCGCAGGCCUUCAACUGGCUUACCGAAUCUAAGCUGUAAACUUACCGAAUCUAAGCUGUAAACUUGGCAGACUGAUUUCUAACCUACCAGAUAAUACCAGGUAAUAGAUACAAAAACUAUAUGUAACGACUAAGAAAAAAUCGUGCCCACCGAGUUUCUCUAUUAUAUCUAGUACAAUCGCCAUGAGAUAUAUCGGAGCGGCCAAGGUGCUCACAAAUAUCUGAACACGCCACUAUUGUCAAGGCGUUUAAGUGCGUGUGGUGACAUUAAUGGCACAUUAAUGAAUCUUUGAUAGCUAUUUAAUACCCGGGUCCACAUUGAGCGAGUAAACGCGCACGUCUACACUGGCUGUACUAUGCGUGAGGAAAUUGCCUCGCCCGUAUGCUCGCUCUGUGUGGACCCGACUAUUCGCAAUCAUAUUGUAAACGUUACCUGGUCCAAUUUUUAACCUACAUGUUUCAAUGCACGAUUUAUGGAUUAUCUGGGUCGGAUAUUAGAAUUAAAUAUUGAAAUCAGAAAUUUAUUUUACUAUUGUACUUUAGAAUCGCAGGCUGAGAUGAGAUGUUUUGAUACAUUUUUUACUGUACAGUGCAAUUUAUGUCACAAUUAGAGUUAACACUUUUAAAAGGUGGUUGUAAAUUAUGUAUAUCUUUAAAGAUAAGAACAAUGGUGCAAUGUAUAUUUAAUUAUGUUAAGGAUAACCAGACAUACAUUUAUUUAUGUUGUUAUGGAAUUUUAGUCAAAUACCGUAUUUAUAACGUUACUAAACAGUCUCAUAAUUUUAUAAAAAAUUAACACAACUAAAUGGAAGACUCCAUUUUGAAAAUGUUGUUCUAUUAUAUUUUUAUCAGUGGUUUAUUUGUAUAAUAUUCAUGACGUAAUAAAUCAUAUUACAGGUGUAA